AUGGUUCAUUUUCAAAACACCAGAGCCGCGUCUGGAUUUAUCGAAGGGCAGAAACUUGCUGAAGUUCUCAACUCCUAUGUCUAUGAUGAAGAUAUCAUUCUACCACUGCACAUAUCGGCUCAAAAUGCUGGGGUCAUCAUCACACAAGAUCAAUAUUCAGUAGUGAUGGAAGCUUUUGAGCUGUCGCCAACGAACAACGCUGUCAUGGGUACUGCAGGCCGGCUUCAACGAUGUUUCCCUGCAUCUGCUAUCUCGAUUCCCAAUACAAAGUUCUAUCAAAAUGGUUUCAUAGCAGCCUUGGCGGAGACGAUUGAAAAGUUGAGCUAUCAAGAAGCUAAUGAGGCAAAGCCAAAAAUCUCAAAGAAAGGUGAACUCCAAAUUGAGGAGAGGGAUACAACAGAUCCCUUUCUAGUCACGGAUUUUCUGAAUACCGUCCUUCUUGCUCAAGGUGGGGAAGCCAAACCGGUUGCUUCCAUCUCCAAGAACACCCGAGAAGAAGUCAUCUGGGAAAACGCCAUGCUACGUUGGCGGAGGUCUCCAAUCUGGCUUCUGACUCGCGUUACUCUGCAGCUACAUUUUGAACGUCUCCACUCGGAUCGGCUCCUUUAUAAAGAGUUCAUGAUUUUCUUGAUGUCAUGCGUUCUGGAUAUAGCGCAGAGGAGAAGCUUUGCGAGUGACCUUCUGUAUUGUAUGAGGGCAAAGAUUGCAAGGCGACUCAAAAAGUUGGACGAUGGAAUUGAAGCAUCAUUGAUCAAGAGUAUUCAUGAUACGCUCGAACGAACUAGUGCUUGCCUCCAGCAACGCUGGAAAUUACUCUCCCGAGAGCCUGAUGAGGACGUGGACUUGGUGGAACUGUCCAGGAAAACAUUGCCCACCGACGGAUCAGAGCCAUAUCCAGAAUUGGACGAUUUCAUCCGCAGCAUUGAAUCCAGACAAAAUGAAGAAUGUGUAAAUCAAUUCAGAGCACCUUGGGUACUCCGCAAAUACGACAAGUCAAGCAUCGCGAACUUGGACAAUCUGACACAGAAGAGCAUCCCCUUUCAUUUAUCAGCCUUUGAAAAAUGGGUUGAUUCAUCUCUACUCCAUUGGAUGAGCGAGGCGGGUGGGAAUAAAUGUAUGCACCUCUACGAUCUGGCCAAAACUUACUACGAACUCUCCCAAAGGUGUUAUUCUGGAUGCCCAGAAAGUUUGUCAAUUGCAUCAUUGACAAUAUUGGAGUUAUGGAUGGCUUGCGAUAAGUCUGCGUGCGACCAAAUCCCCCUCAUCAAAGACUAUAGUCCCCAAAUUCCUGCUGAGCUAUUACAAUCUCUAUUACUCCACUCAAAAGUCCACCUUGAGAGAUUAGUUGUGGUCGAGAGAUAUAUCAGAGAGCGAUGCAGCGGCACCUUAUCUAGAUCAUCUUCGAUAUUUUCUUCCUUUGGACAUAGAACCUCAUUCUCAGUUCGUUAUUACGCAACGUCUGCUAUUCAUAAGACGCUACACGAAAAUAUUGAACGAAAUGCGAGAGAAGAAAGAGAGCGUAAAAGGGAAGAAUUCUAUAAUAAGCGUCGACAAUAUGAGGAGUUGAUGUCGCGGUCGGCCCGUCUGGUAUGCGAAUACGUUGACCAGGUGGACCGACGCACAGGAAGAGUGAAGCAGAUUCAUAGCGAGAAUUGCCGAAGGGAUGCUUUACUCCGCCAAGCUGAUGCGCUUGUGAUUAAAGUCCACGAGUGGCCUCUUCCGGACGCGAAACUUGAGGCUCAAUCAACGGUAUUUGAGCUACAUGUCCCUUCUUGUUUCAGCGCCUGGAGAAACAUGACCGCCUUAGUCAUAAACGAUGCCCUACAGUGCGAUUACUCCAGUCCCGAAGGCGGCCAUGUCGUGGAUAGACUGAGCGCAUAUCUUUCAUCCCGUUUUACAGGUCAAGGUUACAGAUUCGAACUUGCAUCAACAACCAAGUCGAACAAGCGCACACAUCGCCACGGCAAGAAGAUUUCCACAUGUACGAAGGAGGAAGAUGUUUUGGUUAAAAAUGGCCUACGAUACGAAUAUUACGACAGAUAUCGCGAAUGCUUUGUUUCAGAACUUCUAAACAGAAACAAGUUUUCUCAAAGUCUUAUGUUCAAGUUGUCACAGCAGAAUAACGCGCUUCAACAAUUCAUCUUCCGGCCGCCAGGGCGGGAGAACGGCUUGACGCCAAAUCACGUCUUAUCUCAGCAGUAUUAUUACUCACAAGAACUUUCCCUAGAAGAAUCCAAGACAAUGGCUAGCCUGCCCGUUGGAUAUCGUCUUCUAUGGGAAAACAUUCUUGUUCAGCUAUUUACGCCCAAGAUAGACUUUAACAAGUCAGAUACCGUCCUCAUACUAAUGCAAAUCAUUCAUCAGGCGGGUCCACCAUUCAAUUGCUCUACGAACAGGGCCAGCCACCAACAACUUUGCGACAAGAUUUUUGUUGAGAGGCUUCUCGAAGGCCUAUCUCAUGCAGUGGACAGAAUAGAAAAGAACUGGGAAUCUUAUAUAUCGCUGAGAGCAUUCAUCGCGAUCGCCGUAAAAACUCUCAAUUGCUCACCGACGCAAACGCUGAUGGAACUGUGCCACCAGUUUCUUAGACGGUGCCGCGCAAUCGUCAUCAGCUGGAUCAAUUUGCUUCAAAACAAAUUAUCUGGAAUCGACGACGAAGAACAGAGACGAGAGUUUUAUCUGAUGAUUUCUCAAAUGGCGCUGAUCUGCAUUGCGUCUUUCGAUGUGGAUGAAAAGCACCUGAGAGUUAUUUUAUCAGAUGCAGAGCAGAUGGACAUGAUGAUGCAGUCAUCAAUCAUCAUACAGAAUCUGUCGCAUAGCGUUGGUGAAUGCACUGACCCCUUUCAUAUCAACCUGGUAUUACAGAAACAGCGCGUUCUACAUAAUUCCCACAACUUCAUUAUUACCGAAACACUUGAUGAAAUGAGCCAAGGACUGAAUUCUGCCGUAAAAUCGGCUCUGAGCUUUUACAAUGGAAAAGGCGCGUGGAAGCUUUUAUCCGACCAUGAAUACCACUGGUUAGAGACGAAGACCAUUCCCAAUAACGGCAAGAAUUCUUCGUCCAUCCAAAUCAAUAUUUUAACGGGCGAACUACUGGUGAACGGCUUACCGCCUUCUCGCCUACCGUCGCUAUAUGAAGAGCAUCCAGCAUUCAGGGAAUUAUUUGGGAGGGAAAUGAUAGAAGUUAUGCCCUCGGAUAUUCCUGGGACAAUUUUCUCGUCAAUGAAAAAGCACCAUGGAUAUAGCUUCGCAUUUGGGAUGGAUCAUUCCGAUUCUCCGCAACUCAUUAUUGUUGCGACUACCAAUGACGAAGAGCUGGAUCUGGUUCCACGUGGGAUCUUGAACCAUAAUUUACCAGCAAGUUUUAUUAACAACUAUAUCCAUUGGUAUAAUCGUCAAUCCGGUAUGAUUGAAUUCAGGCCCACAGAAGCUCCCUGGUGUUCCUCGAAUUCUAACUGGUAUUUGCAAAAGACUGGAUCUGCAUGGGUGCUCAAAAGGCCAGGACAAACUCUUCUGUGUCCAACCUCAUCUACUACUAAGCGUAUUUGCCAAACUCUACGCUCAUUAGAGGAGGAGGCUCAUAUGCAUAUUAUCCGUGACAAUGCCACAUUCGCGUUGAAUAUCAGUUUGCCCCGCCUUCGAUUAGACUUUUCUCUUGAACAAGGCUCAUCUGAUAUUCAUUGUCGACAGUUUCGCGGGAUGUAUGUGGACAAGGUUCAACAAAUUGGCACUUUGGUUGGCUUGCAAAGCAAGUUGACGCUACGUGACGGCCAAAACAAGCGUAUGAUCCUAGUGCCUGAUGGUAAUGUUUAUUAUUUGGGCACUUCGGGGCAUAUGCGAGUUGAAGUUGUAUAUGGUAGCUCAGCGCGUGUCCACCCGUUUACAAUAGAUACGAGACUGGGCCGUUUGAUCGAUAAUGGCAGCUUGCAGAGUAAACUUUGCUUGGCCUACUUGCAUGCGCUCACCUCGUAUUGUUUACCUGACUCACUCACUGGUAAAACAGGGACGGAACAGUGUUUGUCCAUUCUCAACUCUGCCGCUGUCCGAUCAUUUCAGCAGUUAUCAGAAAAGGACCUUGAUAUUCUUGAUCACAUCUCAAAGCUAUCACCUGGAAGGGCAUAUUAUCCCGAAGACGAACGUGUCAUGGAAACGGUUACAUGGGAUAACCAACUUAGCUUUCUGUCGCAAGUCGGAUCCCUACACACCACAGCGCUGUCAAUCAUAGAAGGAGUGGAGCAAAAGGCGAUCUUUUACUCCGAGCAGCCGGUUCAAUAUACCAUUCCCAAUCAUGUCGACAGUAGUCUUGGACUACGACACCAGAUAAGAGAUUCUAUCUUCUGUGUCUCUGGGUUCGGUGCCGAGAACCAUACUACUUCUCAAGACAUGCACUAUCAGUCCCGAGAUAGGGUGAGACACGCCGAAAGAUCGCAACGCGCGUUCAAAGCCGCCGUCAUGGCUGCUGAGAGGCGAGAAACUAUCCACAUGCCCAUCAGUGGUUCAUUCGUUUCGCAUAUGUGGAAGUUACUCAACAAUAAAUCGGGAACACCAGGUCCUAAUUCUCCGCUAGCUGAUGAAGUUGGCUACGACUGUAGAUGGCUCUCAGAAGCAAAAGCAAAUUUCGUAAAAUAUUGGUGCCGACUUCAUCACAGUUUCCGCAACAAAGAGCAGCCUCUUUGCCGCUUUCGAUUGAUGUUUUGCGCUGCAACAAUGGCAUAUGCUGAAGAACAUGAUGCAAGCGCAGUCCAAGCACUUAUAGCCUGCGCGAAUAUCCCGUCUAUCGGCUCUCUCAAAGUCCCCAACGUGGAAGUGUUUGACAUGGCUGCGGGAUAUGAAUUCAGCUACUCCUACAUACGUUACUUCAUAUUUGAUGACUAUAUGAAAGACUUUUCCUCCAGUCCCGAGGCUUUUUUACCGCGGCGUCCAUCUUAUGAAAGCGAUCAAGAACUAGACGCAAGACGCCGCAGAACUUUUGAGAACAACCGACACGAGGCUGUUACAGAUUUCACCAAGAGGUUGCAAGAGCAAUGGAUUUGCCCCAACCCAUGGAUGCCUGGCGGUGCUGACUUCUCUAAGUAUGUAUAUAAAGACCUCGCUUGGAGCACUAUCCUACAAACUUGGCAAAAGUGGUACGAGAACCAUCAACUUUUUGAGUACUUGACUGCGCUGGGUGACCAUCUCCGUUUACUAAAGGUUAAGGAGAUAUCAAUGCCAGAUUAUAUCCACCCUUUGUCACCAACUAUAGUGGUGUCUCGUAGGGGCUUCGUCAAUCAAGAAGACCUGUUCAGUCAUUGCACUCCAUUCCCGGACAUUUCAUCAGACUAUCUGUUGAAAAUACUAGAGAUGCAAGCUGAACAUCAACAACAGCAUAAUAACCUCAAACAACUUCUGGACUCUCUAAAGCAGCACGCAUCUCGAAAUUCUGAACAUAAAUAUAUACAGGAUCUUGACGAUAGCCAGAAAUCUCACAGCCACCCUAAUUUUUCAUACAACGUAAAGUUGAAGGGAGAGAUACUAUCGAAUGACCUCAAAGAAUACUUGUCAAAUUGUGAAAUUAAUAGCAAAAAGGUUUACUGUUUGCUGAAAGAAAUCACUGGUGUGGCCUGUGAAGGAAGUGCUGGCCGCAUCCAGGCUUUUAAAACACCAGCAGCAUCGGUUGCCACGAAGUUCAUGGCACCAAGAGUCUCACCAACUUUCUUUCUUGGUCAAUUAGCCAGAGAAAACUGGAAAAGUCUUCCAUUGGGAUGGAAAGAGGCAGUUGUCACCUAUGCAGAGUCAUUGACAAUGGUUCAGCGAGCCGAAAGGAUGCUCAGCCAGCGAGAUAAUGAUGCAGAGCUAAUCAAAGAGCUACUGAACACUGGUCAUACAAAUUGGAAACCCAUGGACUAUCCUGAAUCAUUACUUUUAGAAGUCGAAAGCGGAAUUAUGAUUCGUGAGGUGCAAGAAAAUAUUGCGUCACAGAUGCGAAGCCCGCCACGGGGCGAAAACGCAACCAUGCAGCUAAACAUGGGAGAGGGCAAGUCAACGGUAAUUUUACCAGCUGUAGCUGCAUAUCUAGCGGAUGGCAAACGACUCGUCUGUGUAAUCGGCACCAAACCGCAAGCAAAGGAGCUAUUUCGAAUGUUGACAUCCAAGCUCGGAGGGCUGAUGAACCAUCAGGUAUAUCAAAUGCCAUUCUCAAGAUCGCUCAAAUUCACGGCAUCUGAUGCAACAAGAGUCCUCGACAUCUUAAAGCAAUGCUCUGAGACUGGUGGUGUUCUUCUAAUGCAGCCUGAGCAUCUGCUCUCUUUCAAACUUAUGGGGAUCGAAAAUCGACUUAGCUCUCAGGAGGAAGUCGGUCAAAUUUUACUAGAUAUUCAGCACUACUUUAAUACUCAUUCACGAACUAUUGUCGACGAGAGUGACGACAUAUUUAGCGUCAAAUUUGAGCUGAUUUAUACUAUGGGAACGCAAGUCCCCAUCGAGCUCAGCCCAAAUCGUUGGAUCAUCGUUCAGCAUGUGCUUCGCAUUGUAAUGCGAGCUGUGCAUUCGGUACGGGAUAAAUUGCCCCAAUCAAUAGAAAUUUCCCAUUCUAAGAAAGGGCGAUUUCCACGCAUCCGUAUCCUACGUCAAGAUGCAGAGGAUAUGUUGCUAAGUCUGCUUGCUGAAGAGAUUUGCAACGCAGGGGUUCUGGGUUUACCCAUAGAGAGACAGUUGCCAGAUGUCAGGCAACAUGUUCGUGAGUAUAUUCUCAAUAGCGAUCUGAACACAAGCCAAAUCAAUUCUGUCGAAGUUGAAUCGGGAUUCUUCACAGAAUCUACAAAGGGGCCUUUGCUCCUAAUCAGAGGGCUGAUCGCCGAGGGGGUUUUAAGUUUUGCGUUCAGACAGAAACGAUGGAGGGUAAAUUAUGGCCUUGCCCUAAGCCGUGUUCCAAAGACUCGGCUCGCAGUACCAUAUCGAGCCAAAGAUAAUCCCACGGCCAGAUCCGAAUUCAGUCAUCCUGAUGUUGUUAUUGAGUUGACUGCUCUUACUUACUACUAUGGUGGCCUCUCUGAUGAUGAUCUUUUUGCUUCUUUUGAUCAUUUAUUACGUGCAGAUCAAGCUGAGGCUCAUUAUCAGGACUGGGUUCUGGAUGCUCCUGAUCUACCAAACGCCUUCAGGAGUCUGACAGGAGUGACUUUGAAGGAUCGCCAUCAGGCAAUUCAUGAAAUAUUUCCUCAUUUUCGGUACGCAAAGAAUGCCAUUGACUACUUUUUAUCGCACAUUGUUUUUGCCAAGGAAAUGAGGGAGUUUCCCAAAAAGCUAUCAGCUUCGGGCUGGGAUAUUGGUCAACUCAAAACACAUCCCACUACUGGCUUUAGCGGAACUUGCGAUUCCCGCAAUCUUAUGCCUCUUGACAUGAAACAUCUAGAUCUCCCAGAGCAGCGUCAUACAAACGCACUGGUCCUUCAGCAUAUCCUUCAGCCGGAAAACUCAGUGGCUUAUGCACAAAAGACUGAUGAGACGCAGAGUUCAGACGCUGAGGCCCUAUUGAAUUUGGUGAUCUCAAUGGAACCACAUGUACAAGUUAUUCUCGACGUUGGCGCACAAAUUCUUGAGCUCACUAAUGUCCAAUUAGCUAAAGCUUGGCUCAAAAAGGUUCCAGAGAGUCAAGGAAAGAAAGCGGUGAUUUAUUUCGAUGAUCAUGACGAGCUUUGUGUCAUUGAUCAGCAGGGGUGUGUCGAAAACCUUCAAACGUCGCCAUAUAGCCAACAACUAGAUCUUUGCCUCGUAUUUUUAGAUGAAGCUCAUACAAGAGGCACCGACCUGAAGCUUCCCUCAUAUUAUAGAGCGGCUGUGACUUUGGGUCCCGGGCUGACCAAAGACCGACUUGUUCAAGCUUGCAUGAGACUGCGAAAACUCGGUAGAGGGCAAUCCGUUGUAUUCUGUAUAUCGGAAGAAAUCCAAGCAAGGAUUCUCAAGCUGAGACAGGAAGAUGACGAUCGUCCAAUCCAGGUACUUGAUGUCUUGACCUGGGCAAUUCACGAAACGUUCAUGGAUCUUCAUCGAAGUAUUCCGAUGUGGGCAGUACAAGGUCACCGAUUUGAGAAACAACGUGCCAUAUGGGAAUCAGUCACAACAAGCGAUGGUAUCCAGUUACCUUUAGAAAAAGCUGAAGGAUUCCUGGAAGCAGAGAUACAGUCGUUGGAUGACCGAUACAGGCCGCAUAGCACUGAAAAACAGCCAGUGAAGCCCUUGAACCCUAGCGGAAACCCACGAUUAGAGGCUAUUUGGAAGCGAUGCGUGGAUUUUGGAAACACCCAACUAAACUCUUCCGUGUUAUGGGAAGAGCAGGAACGAGAGAUAGCACCCGAAAUCCUACAAGAGAGGGAGAUUGAGAGACCACGGCCGGUUCAGCCUAAAGAACACACGAUUCAUCCAAAACUUAUUGAGUUGGUAACUUCUGGGUUGUUUUCUCAGUCAGCACCGUUUUCCCCAGCAUUUGAGGCCCUCGGGAGAACACGUGCCGCUCAGCUAUUAGAUGUCAGCUACUUUCCAGAUGAUGUUCUCGUAACCCAAGAUUUCAUGUCAACAGUGAUAUUAGAGGGGAACGACGACAAUGACGACUUCUAUCAACGUUCGGUACAGUGGGUAUUGAGUCAAACAGGACCAGACAACAGCACCGUGCAGCGGCUGAUAGUUAUCAGCCCACACGAAGCGCAGGAGCUUAAGGAACGAAUAGCCGAGUCGAAGCAUGUUCACCUGCAUCUCUAUACACCACUACCGAAUCUGGCAUACACUUCACUGGAGAGCCUAAAGCUUUACACGGUGCCUGCUCUUCCAGAAAAUUGGCAUCUUCCCUCUCGGUUGCGACUUUUGCUCAAUCUCUUCAGUGGUCAACUAUAUAUCACUUCGCAGGAUGAUUACCAUGAAGCCUGCAGGCUACUGAACUUGUCCUAUGGGCCUACUGAAGAUGGUGUUACUGUUGAGCCAGAUGGAUUUAUUAUUUCUCAGUCUGGUGACACAUUUACCAAGUUCAGGAAGAGCCCGACUAUGUUUCUGAGGACUUUACUGGCAAUACGAUGGAACUCGGAAGUAAAUGACAAGACUCACUGGGGACGUAUUUUGAGAGGAGGGUUACUCAAAGAACUAGACUUUGCAGAUUCUACUUGUCGUAAUAUUGUAAACUAGUACGUGGAAUUAGAUUUUAACUAGGUUAGCAGAAUAUCAUUUCUUUGAGCUU